CAAAUUUGUAGUUUUCCGCUCUGUUGUAAUAUUAUUAUAUCCACUAUAUUUAUAUAUUUUCCAGGGAAUUGUAUACAACGUUGACUCAUAGUUUUACUUAAAUGGGCUCUCGGUCUGGCAAAAUUCUUAGUAAUCCAGUCAUGGCGGCCGAAAUACAACAAUUUAUUAAGAGCGCUGUAGCACAGGACAAAGUCGUAGUAUUCUCGAAAUCUUAUUGCCCUUAUUGUACACUGGCAAAAAAUGUUUUCUCAAAAGUAAAUCAACCCAUCCAGGUUUACGAACUGGAUCAACGCGAAGAUGGAGAUGCAAUUCAAGACAAUUUGUACCAAAUUACAGGGUUCAGAACGGUACCUCAAGUAUUCAUUAAUGGAAACUGUGUUGGCGGUGGAUCUGAUGUCGACAAACUGUAUAAGACCGGAAAAUUGGAGCCUCUGCUUAUAGGAUAAACAUUUUAGGCAUUAUUUGUACUUAACUGCAAGCUUACCACUUAACACCAAUAGUGAUUUCUGUAAUUGCCUUGAUUGUUAAUUAGCAAGCGCUUCCUAACACAGUUCCCUAAUGACGUCAUCAAACCAUGAAAAUAAAUCAAUGUAGUACCAAUAUGUAAUAGCUGAUUUCCUAAUCGUGGGACUACCCAAAACAUAAUAUCCAAAUCGAAUGUUAAAGUUACGUGGUAAGCUUGCCGGUUAACCAAUUUACUAGCGCCUCU